AUGGAGCAAACCGGACCGCCGGCCGAGUCAAUAAAGAAGUUGGAUCAGAUAGUCCAGAACUUCCACACCAAAAUGGCUGCCGUCGUUGUCGCCUCGCGCAUGAAAGUUAAGCCAAUCCACGGCGCCAAUGGCGUACCAAAGAUUAAUAAAUGGUACCAGAUCGAAACCGAAGAGAUUGACGAGUUUAGGGAAGAGCUGAGGAUAUGGAAGAAUUGCGGCAGCCUUGAGAACCGCCCUCCACCCAUGAUCAUCGAAGUUUAUCUCGAUGCGUCGACGCUCAAGGACAGCCAGAGUCUUGUCAUCAUCGACGAGGACGGGAAGCGCUGGGAUGUCCUAGAGCAGCUCGCUGCGUCGACAUCUUCGAGUGGCAGUGAUUCCCUCACUAACAUUAGAAGGCCGACUGAAGUUAUACUGGAGCGAUGGCGCGUGGAACUCAAAUCGAUUGUCGACAAACCUUUGGACGACUUCGGACCCAUUUUACCUACCAUUUACAAAAAAGCCAUCGUUUUCUUCCGAUCUCUGUUUGUCGCCACCAAACUAUUGCCCGCCUGGAAAUUUGCCAGCCAAGGCGCUGUUAAAAACUCUCACCCGGCCUUGAUUCCCCAGUGCCGGAUUCGAAUGUCGGACCCGGACAGGUCAAGGCCUGACCUCUUGAAGAAUUCCAUCGACGGGAGAAGGGAUGCAGUGACGGAGUACAUGUUUGGAGAUCUCGAGGUACCUGUUGGCAGGUUAUGCACUUCUGUGAUUUAUCGAAACGACUGCACAUUCCGCGUUGACGACGCCGAGUCACUUUUGAGCUCCCGUUUUAUGGGAGUUGAUGAGAAUUUCUUCAAGCCAUCAUUACCACAGCGACAUAUGGCUGAGGCGGGCUCACUGAGAGACCACCGCCGGGGAGUAAGCGUGAACGACGUUCACCAGACAUAUGGUAGUCUGUCCACCUUUCACGGCGAUGGUCCCAUGGGAACGAGCCCUAUAUCCGCGCUCCGUGCGGUCAAGCCGCCUGGCUCGGAUACGAGCUCGCCGCCGGCAUCACUUCCGCGUCAAACGGACAAUGGGGUAGCGCCUCAUUCACUGCCGAUAUCAGGGCGAGCGUCUGCAGCAAGACCCACAGCCCGCGUUGGAGAAGAUCGAAGAAGGCCCUCUAUAUCUUUUCAACCAUUUAAAGCUGGAUCCCUAUCGGGAUCUCCCGUUCCCCGGCACACUGACCCAGAAUCGCCCGCAUCUCUCACUAGACCUAGCUUACCGUCCCUCCGACAACCAGGAAACCGAUCUUCGUUGACCGCGGGUAUGCCGGCCUCGCUUCGCGGACCUACUUCCUUAAACACCACCGAAUCACCUAUAAUAGGAUCCCCACGACCCGCAUCCGCCAGCAGAUAUAGCAGCAGCUUCACGCACCGGAGGGGGCGAUUAUCGAUUGGUGGCACGAGUCGGAUGGGCGAUGAAGAGCAGGGCAGCAGCGGGAGGCAGAGCCUGGCCUCAUCGAUUGCGCAACCAGGAUCCGGAUUUCUCGCCGAGGUUGGAGCGGCCAGCUAUAGUUCGCUGCAGACUGAGGAGGACGAUAUCUCUGAUUUCCUAAAGGCUCUGGACAGCAAAAAGACUCUAAAGUCAUUCGAGCCGAGCAAGAAAGGAGAAUCAGCAACGAACAGAACGGUAGCCCAGCUGUCCAAGUUCCAAAUGAUGAGGGAGUCCAACAACGCCUUGACCGAGUCAAUGACUUCUUCGAUGCAGCUUAAUCGGUCCUCAACUGUUUCAAGCAGGCAGCUCGCAAAUUUGACUGGCAUCGGUGGAACGAUUUCGCUAUCUACAUCUUCUUCUCCCGGAAAACCAGUGUCACCGCAUACGCCGCAUACGCCCGCUAUCCCAUCUCGCCUCAGUGAGAAUUCGAUUAUAGACUAUACACCGGCGACCUAUACGAGGGUAGAGCCGCCUGCGAGAGGCUCAUCACAAGCUAGAGCAGCAGGGUCGACUCAGGACGGUACGACGGCGAUUGAUAUUCCUCUGUCCCCCAGACUGAGUACCCAUCACCGCCGCUCAAGCUCUGUUGCUCAGCAGGUCCGGGCUGCAACUGAUGACGACGAGGCCGAUCUGCCGUUUGCCACGCAUCGAAGCAUUAGUCUCGGGGCAAACGAUAGGGAGCCGCCGACUCUGAGCACACUUCUCGGCCGACAAAUGCAGUUGGAAGAGGAGCUACCCGGACAGCAAGAAGACCCGUCCAGCCCGCUUCGGCCGGUGGCUGACAUUCAGACUGCCGCGUCAUCGGACGUGAUGCAACGAGGCUCGGCGAGCGACACACCCCCGGAUGGCUUUAUUUCUGCGACGCAGCCAAGCUCCCCCUUCCAUCGGCGACGGUAUGUAGGGAUGGCAAGUGGCCGUCGAAGCACCCCUCCGCACUCUUCUCGAGGCAGCUUUGCUGGGUCGACUAGUAGGCUUGGUCGCCCAGACGAUGAGGCUGUUGGUGAAGAGCCGCUAGUCUUUACUCUCUCUGAGAUGGACGCUCUGGGGAGGCGAAGCUUGGAAGAAAGCCGCGGCGGUAGCGGUAGCGGCAGCGGCACUGCAUCCACUGAACGACCCCAUUUCGAGCCACGAGGCACGACUCGAAGAGGAUGGGCCGAGUGA